AUGGGGUAUCUGACGUUCCUGAUCGACAACUACGACCAGCUACCGGCGGCGGGGAUGGUGUUCGUGCACGGGUCACGGUGGGCGUGGCACAACGACCACGGAGAGUACGACAACGCGGCGCUGCUGGGGGCGCUGAACAUGAGCGCGGCGCUGCAGCCGUGGGGGUACCACAACCUGCGCUGCGACUGGAGUGUGGGCACCUGCCCGGCGACGCAGCCGGCGCAGGGCAGCCUGGAGCUGCAGCUGCAGUCGGUGCUGGAGCCGUGGAGCGCGCGCAUGGCCUCGGACGUAGCGCUGCCGCGCGCGCUGGCCGCGCUCUUCGGCCAUGAUCCCCGCGACGUCCACGCCCUUCUCGGCCGCAACGACCCCGUCCGCGCCCAGUGCUGCGCCCAGUUCGUCGUCGCCCGCCCCAACGCCUGGCAGCACUCGCGCGACGAGUACGUCGCCCUCCGCCAGUGGUUGCUGGACGGCAUGAACCCGCGCCCCGGCCGUAAGAACUCCGCCGCCCCCGCCGACGACCGCGUCGCCGGCCGCAUCCUCUCGUAUAUCUGGCAUAUCCUGUUCGUCAAGCACAGUGCCGUGCGGCCUGAGGGGGAGCUUGCACCCGGUAUGGUGGAUCUCGAUCGCUUGAAUCGCGUGGCCUGCCCCAAUGCGCAGGAGUGUUAUUGUCGGUUGUACGGGCGAUGCGGGUUGGAGAGGUGCUCGGUCGGGACUUGUAAGGGGGAGUAUAUCGUGCCGCCGGAGUUCAAGGUUCCGGAGAGGGUGAUGAGGGGAUGAAUUCCAGGAUAGUGGUGGUUUGUUGGCGUUGUAUAGUAUUUGAACAUGGUGUUCAAGGCUCUGUCCGAGUACCUGCUGGUUCGGGUGAUUGAUAUUCGGUCGGUCUCGGGCGUGCAAGGGUU